GGUCUAAAUAUGCACACACACACCCCCGCCCUCCCGGCUUAGCAGUGGGGGGUGGGGGUGUCCAUGCUGGGGGGCAGGGCUGGCUGCGUGUGUAACAGUAGGUGUGUGUGUGUAUCAUUGCACACUUCCUGUGGUAUAUUUAUGACCAGGGCUGCGAUUUCCGGUAGCUGAUACGAGCUCUCUCUGUGUCUCAGUGUCUCUCUCUCCCUGAGCAUUUAAUAUCACCGCGCAGAGGAGGAGGAGGAGGAGGAGGGGGAGCCGCGCGCACACACACACACAAAGUGGGGGGUGGAGGAAGAGGAGGACAGAGGGAGAAGCCAGGGCCAGGGGAUCAGAGCCACCUCCCCCCUCCCCACAGGCUCACAGCCCCCUCCCCACUAGCCAUCCCAUCCCCCCAUCCAAUACAGGGACAUAGAGCACAGCCUGCCCUCACCCCACAUUCCUAUGGACAGACACCUGCAGGGCGAAUGUAAACACAAUGACAUUUGAGUUUGUGUUGAACUUUCCAACUCCUGAUGUUUGACUGGGUUUCAAAUUAGAGAGAAUGAAUUUGCUUAGUCCCAGACACUAUUAUUUGGUGGUGGUUUGUCGGCAUGUGUCAGAUGGGAAAGGAGCUGUUGAUCCUAUAACAUGGAGGAUUGCCUUCAUACUUCUUCCGAAAAUCUUUCCAAACUGGUCAGCUGGGCUCAUAGCCAUGGGACCAUAUGCAGCCUCAUUCCAAAUCUAAAGCACUUGCUUUCAGAAGGUUCCCAUGGGAACCUCACAGCUAUGUGGGGCUGUAGUGCAGGCCAUGCUUACCACUGGCCACUGACUGCAACCUGCCGGGCUGGGUCGCAGGAAAGAGUGUGCUUUCAAGACAACAGGAGCUUUAACUCAGACAGUCCCAGCAUUAUUGGUGUGCCAUCAGAGACACAGCCCAGCCCUGUAGAGCGAUACCCUGGAAGACCAGUGAAAGCAAAGUUGGACUGUAACAGAACCAGAGAUUCCUGUGACUUCUCUUACUGCAGUGAGCCCUCUGAGCUGGGUGAAGCUGUGGAAGAAUACGAAGAUGAAGCUACUCUCUUUGACAUGGUUUGCGAGUCCUCAGCGACAGAUGAAGAUAGUGACUUUGAACCUCAUCCCCGAAGAGUGCAAAACGUUUCCCGCAAAAGGUCUGCAGUGGGACCGUCAUCAACAACCCUUUCAGGCUCCCAACCUCAGGUCAUUGAUGAAAGCACCAAUGAUGUGAUAGUUAAAAAAAUCAAGCAAGAAAUCCCGGAAGACUAUUACAUUGUGGCCAAUGCAGAACUUACUGGUGGUGUCGAUGGACCUGCACUCUCAUUGACACAGAUGUCCAAGCCCAAGUCUCAGACUCAUGCUGGGCCUUCCUAUGUUGGUCCACCUAAGCCCAGCCCCCACACAACGCCUUCUCUCAGUGCUGAUCUAGACUUGCAAAACUUGUCUGUAUCUCCACCCAUUUUAUCGAGGCCUGCUGUUCAGAAGCCUGCUAGGGUAACUCUGGCUUCACCAGCCAGAGGACCAGCUAGUACCCCUACAGCCAACCAGCAGGUUGCCCUUCAGAUGCCAGUCAGUAGUUCCAAUACCAGCAAACAAAUUAGUAUUCCUUUGUCAGCCCUGCAGCUCCCAGGACAAGAAGAGCAAGCAAGCUCAGAAGAGCUGCUCCAGCCUGUGCCAAAUCAGGUUCCAACCUGUGAAGUAGCAUCAUCUCCUUCUGUUAGCGCAGAGCCAGAGGUCAGCUCUAGUCAACAGCAGUCCAGCACUGCCCCUACCAUCACCACUGAGGCCACAGCCCAAUCAGUACCAGACCAGGAUGAAAGAGCAGCAGAACUCAGCAGGGAGCAGAAUGAGAAAACCAUCCGCAGCACACAAACCGCACUUCGCAACUUCAGAGAAUUUCUCAUUUCCAAAUAUCCAUCUGAGACACGGGAAAUCUAUGUCAUCCCUUGCAAAGAGCUUGACGCAUACCUAGCUUCUUUCUUUGUAGAUGCCAGGCAGAAGGAUGGGUCAGAAUAUGAACCAAAUAGCUUGGCCAACUACCAGUGUGGGCUAGAGCGGUACCUCAAAGAGCACAGGUAUGGAUACAGUAUUACCAGGGAUAAGGAGUUCAAGAGGUCUCAAGAAGCUUUGAAGCAAAAGCAGAUAGAGCUGAGGUGUAAAGGUAAAGGGAACAAGCCACACAAAUCCAUGAAGCUUACCUUUGCUGAUGAACUUAUCCUACGCAAACGAGGCCUGUUGAGUCGGUAUAACCCUGAGGGGUUGCUGAAUCUUGUCUGGCUAAAUAACACUAAGGCAUUUGGACACUGUACAGGUUUCCAUGGGUCCACCCUCAAAUGGGGGGAUAUCAGGCUCCGGGUGACAGAGACCGGACUGGAAUACUUGGAGUGGAUGGGGCCAGAUAAUGGAGAUGUGAAUGCCAAAAGCAAGAGAGGAGGGACAGAUUCCCGGGUGUAUGCCACACAGCAUUCUCCACAAACCUGUCCAGUGCAAGACUACAAGGAAUAUGCUCAAAGGCGGCCACCUGCCAUGCGAUAUGAAGACGCUCCUUUCUACCUGUCCAUCAAGCCAGUUGUCAACCUGGCUGCCCUUCACUGGUAUAAUUGCCAAGCCUUGGGGAAAAACAAGCUGGCAAAGAUGGUGAAGACAAUGUGUGAGAAAGGCAACAUACCUGGCAGAAAGACCAAUUUCAGUGUCUACCAGAGCUGCAGUACCCUGUCUGAAGCACAGAGCAACCAGCUGGUGCUCAUCUGUAACAAUUUAAGCCAGCAAGCAGCUCAGUCUAUGGCAAGCCACUCCAACCCUGGCAACUUCAUAGUGUCAGCUUCCUAUGACUCUUCCUCUGACACUGCUUGAAAGGUGGAUUUAAACCAAACCGCUUUUUUGUUUCAAGCUUUGAAUUUAUGCCCAUUAACACACACCAACUGUGACUGUACACUAUUUCCCCAUGCCCCUCAGUGUUAAUUCACUUUAUAAAAAUAUAUAAAUAUAUAAUAUAUUUUUCUUUUUACAAAUAAGUCAAUAGAAAUAGUUUAGUAUUACUAACAUAGUAUUUAUAGUGUUAAUACAGAAAAUGAAAGCUACUUAUGUGUUAUAAUAUAAUAGCAGAUUUUACAAGAGCAAAAUGGUUCUCAGGCAACACAAGAUAGACUGAACAUACAGUUUUUAACAUGCAUAUGGAUGACAAGUGUAAAACCCCAGAGAGGUCUAUAUCUCAGUUCUGUUUUAAAAUUAUGGUUUUUUGUUUUUAAAGGGAAAAAAAACCCUUAUUUUGACCUUAUAAACUGGGGGUUGCAAACAUCGCUGGCUGCUGCUUCUUACCUGCCAGCUUGUUAUUGUUCAGUGAGACCAAGAAGUAAGACAGGUUUUCAUAUAAGUUUGUGAAAUCAUUCACAGGGAUUUUUGUCCUCGUGUUGUUUUGGUUCCUAAAGCUCAUUAAUGCUAGCUGGAAAGAUAUAUAAUAUUCCUCAAAUCAAUUUAAGAUAUUUUAAUCUGUUUUUGUUGGGUUUUUUCUCUGUGAUUGAAACGUCACUGGUUUUUAGACCAUGAAGCAUUGUUUUCAACAAUAUGCAAUGAAAUAAUGGCAAAAAGACUGUUAUACCAGUAAUCUUAACUGUUGCAAACAAGCAUCAGUCUUUAGUUUUGUCAUCCUAGAAAUUCAGUGUAAGAGCCUACUGAAUUAGAACUGCAGUGGCUUUUUCAAUUUUCUAGAGAAAGCAACCAUACUGAAAAAUCAGAUGUCCUUGCCCAAGCCAUAAAAAUAGAAAGCAAAACAAACGUGUCUUAAACCAUCAUUCAAAAUCCACAGAAUCCAAAACUGAUAAUUUUAUUAUUUAUAUUUUCUGUUAGGUGGAAAAAUGACAAUUCUAGAAUCCUGGAAGACAUACUGUGAUAAAUUCAGCUAGAUGCAUGCUCAUUGUUUCCAAUUGAAAAAAGGGAAGUGAUGCGUAAAUAUGGAGGCAAAGGUUGGCCCUUAGAGACUUUAAAUCCUGACUGUUACCUUUCAACCUGUUUUACUUUGCAGUGUGACUGCUCAUUAAGCGCAAGGAAGAUACUAACAAAUACUGUGUUUCCAUAGAACCAUUAUAAUUCUUGACCUUUAUAAUUACAUGUGAUCGUUUCUCUGGGAAUUGAACUGAAUUUGUUCUGCAUUGCACAUUAAAAUGUUUUUGCUAAGGUUCCCUAGCACUGCAAAGAUGAGACUUUUGAGAAACACACCUGCAGCAUGGGCUGAAGCCCAUAGAAGUCCAUGAUAGUCCAGCUACUGAUUGAAUGUGUGCUGGAGCAGGCCAUAGAUGGGCACGCUGGCUGCUGGGAUUUAUUUACAUUCUACUUUGGGGGUGAGGUUGUUGCUUAAGUUCUUUAAAUUUACAACUCUGUCAGAAGGUCCCCUCGAGCCAAAUAACCGUUCCAGCUAGAUGGGCCAAGGCACACCAAUCGUCUAGUCAGUGGCAUAAAGAAAUGAUGCAGCUAAUAUCAUAUCUAGCUGCUGUUGCUUCCCCAGUCUGAAUGACCAGGUACCCAUCUACACUGGUUUAGCUGGGCACAGCCUUUUGGCAGUCAGGAGCAGGGUUUGUGAACUCAUGACUCUGGAACCAUAGCCAGACAUUUUUUACUGCUCUGUCACCACACCACAGCACAAGUGUCUAGUGCAUUUAAUUAAAAUCAGUGGGCAAGAAAAAGUGUUACUACCCCCAGAAGAUGUAGUAACAGCAACUAAAGGUUGUCUCAGGGCUGGUCAGUGUUAUGAAACCUGUGUGGUUGAACCUAGGAUUAUUGUCUGUAUUGUUUGGUGGCAUGAUUUCCCCCAUCUUCAUAGCAUUCUCUUGAAGCUUUUCCAGUUUGUGUUGAAAAGUCAUUUUCAUCCUGAUUGGCCCCUUACAGCUCAAUGCAAAAGCAUGCUUCCAGAAACUCCAUGGACCUAUUCAUUUCUAUGGGUGUUGCAUUUUGGAUUCAUCCCUACUCUUUACUCUGCCUGUGAGGAAUUAAGAUAUAAUCAAAGUAUCUCUUAAGGAGGAACAUGUUUUGCAGAAUGCUCUGAGGGAGCUAAAACAAGUCACUAGCUCUUUGGUUUUCAGUCCAUAAGGCAUGCUAUGUCCUGAUAGCUCCUAUUCCCAUUCCUGUUUGUCUGCUUGGCAUAUCUUAAUUUGUAUUUGGGUUCAUGUCAUACUUGGGGUGAGGUAAUGGCUCCAGUACUGUUAAUCAAGUCAUGCAUGGUUGGUUGCUAUGUUUAGAAAGAAUUAUUUAUUUUGGAAAGUGGGUAGGGAGGACAUGUUUAUUACAUUUAUUUUAUUUCUAAACAGGUUUUUGUUUGUUUAGCCUAUUUUAAUUUAUGUGAACCCUAAUGAGUAACUCAAACUUAAUGCUGAGUGUUUCUGUCAAAUGGAAGGCAGAUCACUUGGUGAGCUUAUUUGGGGGAGCAAUAAGCCCUAUUUAGACUACUGGUUGAGGUAACCUUAAACCUGUAUAGUCAGGAUUUGAUACUCCUGAUAGUACAAUAUUCCAAAAGUAGGCCCACUGACUACAAACAGCACUUAAAAACUAUUCCGUUUGAGUAAGAAUAUUAGAUUUUGGCCCAUAAAUAGAAGGGCUUUAUAUUCAUGUUCUUAUUAUGACCACUGCACAUUUUAAUUUAGCCCCUUAAAACCAAGCAUUGAGAAGUAAGCUUAAGUGUUAACCUUUUCCUUUUUUUUUUAACUUUGAAAAAUAAGCUUCAUUAUAACCCUUCACAUGAUAACAUUGUUCAUUGGAUUAAAUUUGGAUGUUGUUGACUGUACUGUACCAAGUGACUCUUUCCUGUUAAUACCAUCAGGACACUGAAGUUAGGAUGUAGCUCUGUGAACUGUUACAAACUUUUUAACCCUUCAUGCCUGAGCCAGGGGCUAGGUUCUCCCACCAUUACUUUUGUUUGAAAGUACCUUAUUCCAUGCUCUACCCCUCUGAAAGGCUCACUUACAAAAUAGGGUCCUAUUUGUGCAGUGGAUUAGAGCAGGUCAAAUGAUGAAUAACUUGGGUAACUUGAAAAAAUGCAUUGGAAGUGUUUACACUACUGUCUAGAGUGAUAUGAUUUAAAAUGGUUGCUUCCAUGUGAGCAUAUUCAUUUUUGUUCAGGAAUGUCCACUGGUUUUAGUGGGGUUUUUUGCAUGUAACUUAGCGAACUUUUGCCCUGUAGCUUUUAAAGUUAUAUUAAAGCUGAUUAAGCCUUACAAAUGAGAGGUACAUUUUAGAUUCAUGGUUUAUCACUGGUUUGUUGUGCAAACCAGCCUACAGGGAGAUCUCUGCAUGUCCAUGUUGGUUUGUCCUUUCUAAGAGUCCCAAGUAAGAAGCAUGACACCAGUAAGUGCAGUAAAUGUUAGGUUAAUGCUCCAUUUGGUAUGGUCACAUAUUCAAAUAUGUGCCAUUGAGAACAUCUACAUUGGGUUAUACAAAUAUACGCACCUGUGUCUAUUUAUCUGAUUGCACAUUCAAAUCUUUUCUUCACCGGGGGGCACAGGACUAAAGAACUUGAAUACUUAAGCCUUGUUGUAGUAAUUACUGGUGUAUGUGUUUAUAGUAUUGCAUGUUUGCACAGCACAUUUGUAUGAUUAAGAGAGAACCCAUGCAGUGGCUGGGUAAACACAGUGAAGUUUUGUAAGUGUCAUAGCCUGUGAUUUGUCUCUGGAAAGGUUCACACAACUAUUUCAAGUUUGUCAGUCUUACUGGGUGACACAUUCUGCCUUGCAGCUAUAUGUUUUUAAUCCACACACUUAGCUUAAAAUCCUACAAAAAAUGCACAAGCAUUGUGAUGUCAGACACUAGGGUAGUGCAAAACAGCUGUAUUUUGUCAUGUGCUUCUUGAAGGGUACCCCCACUAUGGAAUUUUUUCAGGUUGAAAUGUAUUUCUUAGGUGCUCAAGGGCAUUGUACUAUUCAAUUUCUAAUGUAGUUACACUUUUGUUUCUUUAUCUGAUGCAUUUUUACAAGCUCUAGAGUAUUGCACAUAUUUAACUUCUAUGCUUGUGAUUAGAUUUUACUGGUAGUUUUGUGUACCUAACAUAAAGCACAAACCAGAGCCCAGGAAGAGUUGGCCUUAUUGCAUUCCAGAUACUGGCUGCUCCCAAAACUAAAAUAACCUCUGAGUAAAUUAACAUUUGCAUAGCACCAGAUACUCUCCAUUUUCUACCCUGGUUCAUAUAUAAUUAUUGUUGCAAAUAGUACCUGAGUAAUUUCCACACAUGGAAUAAUUGACAUAACUGGCAUCUAUGGUAUGUGGUCCAUUCCUUCUCUUAUUUGCUCUGAGGAUACACUGCAGAGGAUUGUGACUGAAGGCCUGUCUCCCCUUCCAUCCCUCACUUACCUUCCCCUGUCCCAGCCUUCGCCUUAGCUUGCUGUCAGGAGUUACAAAAGGGGACAGCACAGGGAUGUAUGGAGCAAACACAUGGCUUUGUUUGUAACAGGGGAAUCCUCCUUCAGACUACUGUAACACAUUUAAUGGGACUUCUAUACCAGAGCAGGGGCCAAUAUCUCUCCCAAUGAGUGUGCAGUCUCUACUCCAAAUAGUAGAUCAGGAGUUUGUGGACUACUAUGUGCUUGCAAAGAGCAGGCCUACGUCUCCGAAUACCCCAAAGACUAACUUGGGGGGUGGGGAGGGGGAGGAGGAGGAAGGUGGUGGCAGGACAGCAGCCCCCCAGGCAUCAACUUAGUGGGGGCACCAGAAUGGCAACUCACCUUAGGAAGUCUGUGCCCUAGCAACAACAGGCAGGGUGGGACCAUGCUGCAGCCAGGGACUUCUUUGAGUCUCCAGAGCAGGAAAGACUCCCACCCCUGCCUUUCCUCUUUCCCCCAGUGCCGUUCUUCCAGAUUUUGGCAUGUGGUCCCCUUCAGUGCUCAGAACACAAACAUUUCAGAGUAAUGCCUCUGUAAACACCUGAUAGUUCAAAUGAAAGCGUGUGUAUUUAGAGGACCAUAGAGGCAGGUAGAUAUAUCUGCUACAUAUCUGCAAUCAUUUAAUAAUAGAAAAUGUUUCUGAGAGGGAUCUUUCCUACCAUACAGUGAGGUGUGCAUAGCAAAAUUUGCCCCUUUGCAGAUGGGAUCAGAACAAUGUCUGUGCACCAUUUGAAUACCACUAACGUACUCAAAAUAGGACUUAAGUGGCACACAGACCUUGGGCAGACUCUGUGCAAAAGGGCAGCUUUCACUGUGUAAGUCCUGCCAGGCCCUGGGAAAUAGUAUCUUACCUAUUUUUUAAUUUUUAUUUUAGUAAAGUCUUGUGUUUCCAGAAAGGUUGCAUGUACCCAAGGUUAUAAAAACUUAAUGCUCAUUUAAUACAGAUAAAUGGUUUCUGUUUUAUUUUAAAUUAACUAGUCUUACUUUUGCACUUUGGCUGGGGUUUAAGAUGUACAGUACAUAAUUAAACAUGGCAGAAAACAGAUCAUGCAACACUCCUCCUUUGUUGUCCCAUUAAACUGGCAUUUCAUACUGAUUUUGGAUAAAUUGGCAUCUUGGCUCCUAAUGCACUUUAUUUUCUUUUUGUACCUCCCCUUAUAUGCUGGAAACUGCUCUUCCAGUAACGGGGAAUAGAAUGUAGAGAAGACAAGCUACCCCUCAAGCAUAAAUUUGUUCUAGAGAAAAAACUCAACUGUAAUUCAGAAUGGUUUCCUCCCCCUUCUUCUGGAAGGGGGUCCAGAACAAUUAAAUCGCUAUAGCUUUGUUGUGUCGGAGGAGGAAAAUGCAAAGAAGACACAAGGUUGCAAUACAGGUCCUUCUUCCUAUAGUGUCCCAUGUUUUAUGCCAUAGUGGGCCAAAGGUUUUUGGCAGGCAUGCCACAAAUUAGCCUUGGACCAUCCCCAAAUGAAACUCCUGAUCUGCUGAUUUUCUUUCUGCUCUCUGUUCUGUGUUCCCUGCUUGAUCUACUCUGCCUUCUGCUUCCUGUUUUAUCUGCCCCUGGCCUGCCUGUCUCCUCACUGAUCUGCCAUGUGCCACACAGAGAGGUGGUCUUUGCCACUUGUGGCAUAUGUGCUUCAGGUUGGCCAUCCCUGUUUUAUGCAGAGCAUUUGCAGAAUCAGGACCCCAGGGUCUCUGCUAACUGUUCUAGAGCUUGUAUGGCUGUGUAACUGCACUGAAACUAACAGCAGUAUAGCUGAACCCAUGAAAAAUUCCUGGUAGUGAAGUACCUGUAAAAGGCAACAUGACAACCAAUUGUACAACUCAACAAGAGAUUUAGCCUCAGAAUAUCAUAUGUCUAUCACUUUUCUACAGAAUGUGCAAGAUAUGGGUGGUCAGAUGACUUCCAGGAGCUCUGAAAGAACCUGUGGCUGUCUCUACACUGUUAUUGUGCUUGAUCUCCCUGAACUGGGCUAGUACAUUGUGGCUCUACCGGUGCUAACAAUAAUAGGAGCACUGGGACAGACUAGCUGCCAAUACUUUUGCCACUGUGCCAUCUAGAUAUGUGUGGAACAGGGGUGCACAAAGCUGUGAUAAAGGUCAGCACUGAGAGCGCUUGCCUCAGUGGCCAUGCGAUGCUAGAAGACGUUGAGGAAAUUCAGUUUAAAACACAGUCUGUGAGCAAUGCUUUUAUGGCUUUCCAAGCUCAAUAAUAAAAGAGUUUGAUAUUCUUGGUAAUAGCCAUUCAUGUUGGGAAAAUGGUUGCACUAAUGUCAAUACAUGGAGCCUCCUGUGAUGAAAAUAUCACUCUUGUGAUGAAACUAUAUCGAUUUGGCUUGUGAAAGUAAUACUUUUUUUUUACUUGCUGUUCCUUUAGAUUCGUUCUUAUGCGAGGCAUUUAUUUUCUCAUCUUCCAUUUCUCACUGACUUGAUCAAUAUUAGUAAUAUAUGCAAAAUUCUAUUCAUUUUAUUGUAAUGAUGGCUGCUAAAUGAGCUCUCUCUAUGCUGAUAAUGGGCAAUUGUCCCAAAGGGGUUAGGAUGUUUUUGCCUAAUCUUUUAUACUCAUGCUCAAAGUUCACUACAGAGCAGCAUGAAGUAUCUAAAACAAAAAAUUGUUGUUCAGAUGUCAUUUGGAUCUUCAGUAAUGAAUUACAAAUUUUAUUCUUACUAGGUUAUUUGUCUGCUUGUUUUAAAAAGGCAGUCUUACAUUCUCAAUGCCUGGUUUGCAAGAGCUAUAAUUUUGUAGAAAGAAUGUCCUUCCAUUCCUCAGGCCUGUGUUCCCAGCUACCCUCGUGGGUAGCUCCCUUGAUGCCCAUGCAGUUAUGCCUGCCAGAAUACACCCCCAAAUAUUUAUUUCGUGUUGUUGGGCAUACACUUUUACCAAGAAAAUUUAAUUGCAUUUCAAGCAAUAAUCCCUGCUUUUGUAGGGCCUAGAUUAAAGAGUUUUAUGCUCUGCUUAUACGUACAUAAGAAGGAGAAUAAAGCUCCCCUCCACGCCCCAAUCUCCCAUGUGAGUUCUAAUCCUGGAGGUCUGUUUAUUCUAUGAUGUAGAUGAUCAAAAAAGUACUAUUCAAUUCACAGGAGACUAGAACAAAGGUCAGCAACCUAUGGCCUGUGGCUCUGGCCUGUGGGGCCUUUGGAUCUGGCCUGUGGAGCCGUGGCUUCAGUAGCAUUUGGCAUCAGAGGGCUUCACCUGCAGUGUGCUACACUGCUCUGUGUCCAGUUGUUUGGGCAUCCAGGAAGCUUUCCCACAUUGCAUCACAGCUGGUUGGCAUGCAGAAGCUGUAGCAGUGGUGGGCAGGUCCUAGCACUGACUUGCUUCUGGACUGAACUGGGUCAUUCUGGCCCACCACUGGGAAACACUGUGGACCACUGGACUAGAGGAUUUAAAGGGUACACAGAUAAGCCAGGCACAGACAUUACACUGUUACAAGGAUAAGUGAUCAGAAACUUAUCUAUACCCUAACAGAACAGAAAUUCAGCACACAGAUUGGUUUAAAAAUGGCAGAACCCAGUCUACGAUUUCCCUGCCCACCCCCUUUUCCCUCCCUUCCCCCACUGAAAGGCAAAUGUGUAUUCUGUUUGCUACCAAUCUAAACUACGCUGCUUACAGAAAACCACGUGACUUAGAUCGAUUCUGCCUCAGGCUUUUUGAAUGUCUGUACCUAGCCAUAGAGAGAAAAGGAGUUUUUGGCGUCGCAAAUUAAAUACAUAAUAAUGGGUAAAGCUAAUUUUGUUUCAUGGCUGUUGGCAGAGAUGACCCAAGCAGGGUGCAGGGCCCAGGGCAAAUCAGCCUGUGUGGGGCCCUGCCCCCGCACACCGCAGAUGUGAAGAAGCCGGCAGUGGAUUCAGCAGUGGUGGGGGAGGUGCCUAGCCAGGGACAAUGCAUAGGGGUGCACACGGGUACACAUGCACCCCCUGAGUGUGGUGGUGCACCCCCUACAAAAAGGCACUGCUAACACUGCCGGUGGUGUCUGUGGGCGAUCCAUGAUCCUCACUGGCCACUGCCGGCGGCAGUGGCAGGUGGUUGCCAACCCUUGUUCAACACUUGCCACCCCCCCGCUGACAGCACCAGUGGAGUCUGUGGGAGCUCCCUCGCUUACCGCCGCUGCACUCUCGCCACCCCUGCUGUGCAGAUUUUCUGUUCAUUAGAGAACUUGGUGGGCUCAAUGCAUUCCUGGUCGAGGAGCUUGAUCAGUGCAUAUGUGUUGCUUACAGCAUUGCUGUUAUCUUUGGCAGUUGAAGUCCAAAUGGGGUGUGGAACCAUGCUAGCUUUUCUCUUCAAGGUGACCGCUCCAGAUCAGGGCUGAGAAGUUUUGGAGGGGCAGCUUGAGGAUGAUAAAAUGCCAAAGACAUAACCUGCAUUACAUACAGUGCACAGGAGCUUAUGUUCUCGUUCUCAUCUGUGUUUUGCUUUGCUUAUUUAUCUGUAGCAAACCCAAAACCUCAAAGCAAAGCUAACUUGAAGCAGCUUGAAUUUCUCAUGCAUUGUUACCUAAACUGUGCAAGGCUGCAUCUAUUUUAUUAGGUUUCCACAGGAAAGCAAAAAUCAACCCAGAAUUUGUUUAAAGCAGGUCCCAAGUUUGCUUAGUAAAACCUAAAAUAGAACUGACAACCACGUGUAGAUUCAGGUUAUACAGGUCAUCUCACUUUCAUAGUAGCCACCAAGUCCUGUAGUAUACUAAGAAGGCUUGUAAAGGAUUUAGGAAGGGGUUGUUAGAGAGGUUUUUCUAUUAACCAUGUGAACUGGAUGAACUGGCCCUGUGUUUGGCUACAGGAUGCUGUAAUGUGAGUGGCUUCUAAAAACUUAGAGAUCAAAUCUGACCGUGAAAUGAAAAUUGAACUUUUUCUCUGAGGCAAUCCACGUUCUGCUCUACAUUGUUGCUGCAGGCAUAGUCCCCUCCUGUAGUAAAAACAAAUAUUUCUCAUAUACUUAGCAUCUGGUGGACAGGGAAAGUGGGUCCUACAGUGGUUUCUGCUAUGCCUUUGAAUAAGUUAGAGUCACAGGUUCAAUCCCUGAACAGGACACAAGACCUUGCCUUCCUCAGGCAGUGGGGUGGACUAAAUGGUCUCUUGAGGGUCCCUUCCAGCCCUACUUCUGUAUGAAUCUCUGAAACUUCAGGAAGACAAAUAUUUUCCUAGCAUAUAAAAAAUUGAGCAUCCAGCAAAUUAAGGCUGUAGUGAAAGAUUCAAAGGAAAAUAUCCAUUUGUCUUUGUGUGAUAUUCAUAAUUUAAAUUGUGCACGCUCUUAUUUACAUGGGACUUCUAUGCCUGAAAUCUUUGCAGGAUUGGAUUCUUAAUGUAACUCCCAUAAAUGAUUUACAUGAAGUGUGUGUGUGUGUGUGUGUGUGUGUGUGUCUUACUUUGUGUCUACUUAUUAUGUAUCAUCUAGCUAUUAUCUAUCUGUACACUGGGCAUGUCUACACAUGCAAUUAAUGGGAAGUCCAGGGAGUCAGACUGCCAGCUCAUGGCUGUUCCUCCUGGCUCAACAUGCUGCAGAGGGGCUGGCUGGGAAAGCAUCUACACAUGCACUGCUGUGGAGUUUUUAUUCUUCUGCCGAAUAGUACUUUUAUUUACUAUUUACAAGCAUUUACAAGUACAAUCCUGCUGCAGAAUAUAUUAGUUUACCCCAGUCUAAUAGGGGCGCAUGUGUAGACACACAAUAUUUACUACACAGCUAAUUAGUCUGCACAGUAAAGUCUUGUGAAGCCGUACCCUCUGAGUAUUAGAUCCGAGCUAUUCAGAGGGGAUUCAGAAUGUUAGCAUAGGAGAAAAUAAUGCUCCACUAGGGCAGACUUUGGCUCCAGUUCUACCAAGCACUUAAGUGAGUACAAUGAGACAGAAUAACAUGCCUUCUCCCUCAACCCUACAAUCCUGUUAGCCAUAUACCAAACUCAAAAUGCAUGAAUAGAUACUGAUUACAAGGGGACAAGUCAUACGUUUAAUGUUAAGUACGUGUAUAAAUAAGUGUUUUGCUGAAUCAGAGUCUUUUCCGUCUUUGGGGCAUUUAAGUGGACUCACCUGUUCAGAUCCCUGAUAAUCCAUUAAUUUAGCUACUUUAGCGGGACACCAUCAUCUGACUUAACUCUCACAAAAAACACUGAAGAGAAGGAGAAUCUAACUGCAUUUUGCAUUAAUUUGUUCAGGGACUCAAGCAGGAUGAAAUAGAAUGGCACUCAGGUGCCAAAAUCCACUUACCCACUUAAUAGGUGAAAUAAAAUCUGAACACUAAUUUUUGUUGUGGUGACUCAUCCCCUGUGGACAUAAUUGACUUGAGUAGGUGAUAUCUCCUAGGUCAUGGCAAGGCAGUAGAGAAAGAGGUUGGAUUGUUACAUAAGAAUGUAAGGUGGUAAAGAUGGCCUAAUAGCAAGGGGAAAGAGAGAGUUUUGCAAGCAGUAAUAGAGCUGUUUGUCUUUUUUCUAAAGAAUCUUGGUCUUUGACCAGCCUUUUAAUGUCCUGUUUUCUUUUACAUUGAAAAUAAGAAAUAUUUUCCAUUUGUCUUAAUUAUCUGCCUGCUGGGGUGGUGUGGGUGCAAAGGAGCAUGGUUGACAGCCCUAAGGUCACAAGUUUGAGGCCAUAGCAGAAUUACUCAUGUCAUGGCCCUCUCAGAGUCUGUGAAUUCUGUUAAAUACCUUGUCACAAGAAUAUGAAAAAGGAAAGGGUCUGUCUUCUUUAACCUUGCCUUUGAAAAGUAUUUUGCUAUGAAAGCCCUUGUUCUCAUGGUGAGCAGUGCUAGGUAAGCACCAGCAAAAAUAAAUCUUUUAACUUAUUUUACUUAUGAUGUUUAAUUAUUUUAAUCCAUUAAUGGCAUUGUGUUUCCUUCUGUUUGCCAAAUCACUAGGUUUGGCAUUGUUUCCCCCAAAACAUCACGUUAAGAACGUAUUUUUCUUUUUUAAAACACAACUUCCACUUACUAAUGUGAACUUUCCCAUGUGAUCAGUCCUAUUUUCAAUGUUAAACCUCCCUCUCAGACUGAAUUUGUAUUGCUCACGUUUCUAACUAUGCCCCCCUAACGAAUAAAAUUCAACUUUUAAACAGCAUUUUUGAAAGGUAAUUUUUGUUGUUUUUCCCUUCUUGUUUUAUGAGCAGUGUGCGUUUAAAAAAAAUCACUGUCUUGCCAAAAAAACCCUAUUUCUAUGCAUUGUGUGAUUCAGUGAUAUUACUGUUGAAGUUUUGCAUGUCUUGUAGGUGCUUUCACAUCUGUACAUUUGUGAUAUUUGUAGACAUGUUAACCAUUGCUGCUAUAACCACUUAUUGUAGCUAACUGAAAACUGUACUGAGAGGCUGUACCAGUUAACGGUUUUAUGUAUGACAUUGUAUAUUUUGCUGUUUAUUUCAUGUUUUGAGCCAGUAUUUAGUGCCUUCUGUAGAAGGAAAUGUGUUGUGGUAGACAGGAGGUGCCAAAUUUACAAUAUCCUGUUCCACACAGAUGAUCAUGCAUCAAGUUAAUGUGCAUUUUUAAAAAGUAAUAAAAAAGCAUCUCCAUCUUUUAUUUUUUCCCUAAAAAUCAUCUGGAAGGUUUUGAAGGACUUUUCUUGGUUAUUCAUUUUAUUUUGAAAAAAAUUUGAUGAAACUAAUGAAGUGUGUGUGCACGUGCGUGCGUGCGUGUAAAUUGGAGGCUGUACACUUCCAGCAAACAUGGUGCAAAGGAGUAAUAGGAUUUAUGUGUUGCUGAACAGCAUUGCUUUCCUACUUGGACAGAAACUGUAGCAGAAUAAACGGAGAUUUUGAUAUCCAAUAUGUUGAUUUUAGUAUCAAAUAUAAUAACAAAACCUUUUCAGGUAGUUAAGGAACUUUCUUUAAAAUACCAUAGCUCUUCAGUGAAAGCAAUACUGUAAUUAUACUUUUUGAUGUUGGUUUCAUAAUGGGCCCAAUUCUGAGCUUAUUUCUACUCAGUGGUCGUGUCUACGUGUGCUGUGCAUUAACAUGCUUUAGGUAAUACUCAUUAAAUCUAGUACCUCCUACUUGUGAGGUACUAAGAAAAUGAGUAUUAGCCUGUCUUUAUGCACAUUAACUAAAAAGCACAGUUUUAAAGUGACACAACACACAUUAAUCUACUUUAAUGCACAUUAGCCAAAUAGCACAGAUUUUUAGUGAUGCUUUAACGUGCAUUAAAAUAGGCUAAUGUGCAUUUAAAUGCCCAUUGUACAUGAGGGACAGCUCUAUCAAAAGCAAUGGGCUCCAUUCAGUUUUUCAGUUCCACUGAAGUUAAUGGAGUUACACUGCCACAGAAGAAGUACAUGGUCAAAUGCAUUUGUAAUAUUUUGGGUCUCCUCUCUUUAGCUACUUUAAUGCUAUACCAUGAUUCUGUCCAUUUUCAAAACACUGCUUUUCCUCUUGCUCUAUAGAAGCUGAAAAUGUGGACAGCAACAAAUCAAAAUGGAUGAAUUUGAUUUUUAUGUAACUUUUAAAAUGCUUUUUAGUUGCAAAACUGAAUCAAAUCAGUUUUGCAUGCUUACUGGAAAGUUUUAGCAGGAGAGGGAUGAUCCAUGAAAAAAUUGGAAAGAAUUAGCAAAUCAAAUGCAGCAGGGUAUAUAUAGGCUCAGAGCUGCAACCUAGCUGCAUGUAGAUGGGAGACAGAGAUUGCCUAUUUGCUUGCCUGGGAGCAGCAGUCCAGCUGAUGUGAAUGAUUAGCUGGCCCAAAGGAAGUGAAAAAGCUCCCAGAGAAGGGACUGGGGUAAAAGAAGGUGAGGAAUCUGAUGGAUAAGCACUACACUGGCGUUGUCUGUCCCUGGUCCAUAGAGAGAGGACCAGAUGUAUGGUUUAUGGAUUUAUGGCCACCAGCAGAUACGAAACUCCCCGCCCCCUCCCAAAAAUAAACCCAAAACAGCACUCUACCAGAAUUAGAAGUGCAUUAGUUUGACCCAGCUCCCCAGCACCUGUAUAGGUCUGGCACUUCAGUAGGGCUUUUAUCUAAUAGCUCAUUUAAUUAGCUAUUAAAUAAAAAUACCAAAAAGCCCUACUGAAGUGCCUGAUGUAUACAGACAUUGGGCAAGCUGGGUCAGACUACUGUGAUGUCUCUUCUGGGCAUGCGCUGUGUUCGCUGCAGGGGUGUGCCAAGCUGAAAGUAAAGCACCUUUUUUUCAUGUCUAUAAGCAGUUUAAAGGGCCAGACAGAGGGAAGAAAGCUGAACUCUGCAACCUGGAGCAGAGUACUGUCUUGAGGAACUGAAAGGAAAACAGAGGUUGGUUCCUAUGUUUGUUGUCUGUUUAUUUGAAGAGGAGAUGUGUUUUUUUGUGUGAAUGUGAAAGGGCUGUUUGUGUCCUCUGGCAACAAAACCUCCAGGAGUAUAACAAAUGGACUGAUUUUAUCAGAAAAAGGCUCCUGAUUCUAUCAGGAGUACAUCCUGCUACACCAAAACACCACAUUGCUAGAAAAUCGGUGUUAACUAGAAAAUAUUAGUGAUGUAAAACUUAUCCCUAUGAAUACCUGUAUUAAAGUUAUGUCUCUGCCCUCAAGGAUCAGUUUGGCCUGAGGCAGGGGUGGCAUGAGCAGCUUCCAUAUGCAGCAUGUGGCAGAUCAGAGAGAGCACAGCAGCAGAUAGGGCAGAAAGCAGAGCAGGAGGUUGGGCAGAGAGCAUGGAGUAGCAAGCAGAGCAGCAGAUCAGACAGAAGAAGGGAAUCAGAGUGGUCCUUGAGAAGGGUACAAGGCUAAUUUGUGGUAUGCCUGACAAAGAAGUUUGGGUGCCACUGACCUAAAGAAUCUGAAAGCACUCAAAAUCACAAAUUCCCUCCAAAAUCAAUUUUAAGGUAAGGAUUUUCAGAAGUGUCUGGUCUGGCUACUCUCUAUUAAGGUGCCCUGAAUGAUAAACCCAGGAAAGAAGCCUGUGUUUCAGAUAGUGGAGUUCUUGGCAUGUUCUGAAAUUCAUUUCAAUGUGAGAUUUCUCAAAUCAGCUACAUAUGGCCACUCUUGAAUGUCUCAGCCAAAUUUAAUCUUGUAAAGCUGAGGUAGGACUCUAGUGGACCUUAUGUUAUAAUUUGAUUCCUCUCUCUUGGAAGUAAUAAGUCUGUCUCUAGAGAUUUGGGGCCAUUUUUUCAACUGGAGUAAUCUUGGGACAGCUCCUUUAGCCCCAUCAUUGCUGAGAUUCUUGUUUUUAAUAUGUGCUAUAUUUAAAGUUAACUAUGACCAACUGUGGUUCUCCCCUGUCUUGUGUGCCUGGUGGUGGCUUAUACCUGAAUACGAUGAGUGUAUAGUGCCACCCUUAGCAGGAGUGGAGAAUUCUGGUUUGGUGAAGUUUAUUCCCACUCGGUCCAGGAAUUAAAUGUUCAAAGGCUGUGAUGGAGAAUCGCAUCCUUCACCUGUACUGCUUUCUGUGAUCCUGUACAGUGUUGGCCACUGCUGUUCAGUAAGUGAUUCAUAUGUAAUUAGUGAAAUAGCAACAGCAAUUCUAAACUUUUCUGUCCAUUGUGGCAAAAAUUCAUUGGGUUCCCACCAUAUUAAAGCUGUUUUUGCCUUUGUUUUUCAUUGCUGAAGCCAGAUCUAUCUUUGCUAAAUUGGGUUACCAUACCAUUUAUUUAGUACACUGUGAGCUGAAACUAUGAUCUUAACUCUACAAGUGUGAACAUGGUAUCAGAAAAGGGACCGUAUAAUACAAAUACAAUGCAUAGUUAAUUCUACUGGCACAUGUUCAUUUCUUACCAGAGCUCUCUGAGCCACUGACUCUAUGGAAGACACUAGCUUUUGGCUGCUAAUACAACAGUGGACUAUAUAUUUAUAUCAGUUUGCACUUGCUCUGAGGCCUUUCAUUUACUCUCUAAGUUUUCAGUCAGGUAUCCUUGCUGACUUCUUCCUUUAUUUAUGGCAGGGAACUUUUAAAUCCUCUCACCUCAUUGUGAGAAGUCUGUUUUGAAAAUACUGCAAAGUUCUCCAUUGGGACUCUGAAAGGUACCUAAAGGAGUUAGAUGUCCCAACUCCAUUAAAAUCCAGGUGCCAGAGUCCUUCAGAUGCCUUUGAAUAUCCCUGCCAUUAACAGAGUUAGUUAUUUUAAAACAUCUUGCAGAAUGACAAAAUUAUACACUUUUAGUACUGAAAUGCUGUUCUAUGUAAAAAAGAUACCUUUUUAACUUGGAGAUCUGCUCUCUUUCUCUCUGUGUUCUGAAUUAUUUCUACACAUUUUGUUAGCGGGGAAAAAAUGUAAGACUUUGGUGCACUUUAAUACUGUAAGCCUUGCAGGAUCACUUGUGUGUAAGUGCCAUCAGUGUGGAUUCUUUUCUGUCAUAUGCCCCAUCAUCAAAAUGGUUUACUAGGAGUCAGAGUCAUCUGUUGAACUAGGAGUCAUCAUUGUCAAGUUAGACCUUCACUGGAGUAAAUCAGGUUGCAAUAAUUUAACUGGGUAGAGAAUGAGUAAAAUUGAUAGUAAGGUGGGGUGGGCAUAAUAGAGAGGGGAAAAAAUGAGAACAACUUGCCUUGGGUGUCAGAUUCCAGGCAGAGCCAGUAGCUAAAAAUGCACACCUUUUUUCCUUGGAAACAAGGCAAGUUUGUUUUGGUGUCAGCAAGGGGUAGAAAUUGUGGCAUGCCACCAUGCCAUUAGUACACAAUAGCUCCUCAGAGUGUAACAGCAGGAUGGGUCAGAUCUUUGGGUGGCGUAAACAGAUGUUAUUGCAGUCUGUUCCAGAAUAGAGCUCAACUCUUACGUGCGGUUUAAGCUAUACUUAGAGAGUAAACGUGCCAUCCUUGGGCAUACUGCCUCACUCAGGGCUGGCUGCCUUGUAAAGCAGAAGUAGUUUAGCUGCUUCUACAAGUUGUUGUGGCAGGCUAAUUAACGCAGCUGAGGAAUGGAGCCAUAACACCCCUCCUCCUCGAGCUAAUUAGCCUCCCUGAGCAUCUUAUUGCUAUGCUGCUUUUGUUUCAGAAGGUAGUCUACCCAGAGCAGUGCUGGAUGCCUGCUGGGACCAUCGCUACAGGUGGUAUGUUUGCUCUGUGGAUGUUGCCUUGAUGUGAUUAAAAUGUCCUGCUUUUCUGUAAGAGUUUAUUUACCUCUUAACAAAGACAAAUGACACUUCUUGUCUCAGAUGCCUAACCGUCUACCUUUAACUGUGAUGGAAUAAACACUUUUUGGGCUAUACGUCUGCUUCACUAUGAUUUAUUUAAGAGCUCUCCUUGAAAAGUGUUGCUGUUCUGCAGCUUGUGGAAGAAAGGAAAUGCCGAAGAGAUAUGAAGGGUAAAAUGAGAGCAAAGGCUUUAGAGGGUUGAUGUAUUCCUUCCUUUACUCACUUCUCAAAGAACUAGAAAUAUUUCAAAAGAACAAAUGAAGUUGUAGAUUAAUUGAAGUAUAACAUUAGCUUUUAUUUUCCCAUUGACCCAUUUAAAAUUGCCAAGAGAUUCUGAUGGUUUUACAUAUUUCGGCUUAGUGUCUGGUCCCUCUGUCAUUAUAAUAAAGUCUACUCCUGCCGAGCAAUGGAUUGACUUCAUUGUAUGUACAAUGUUUGCUACUAUUGUAGUAUGACUUUUUAUUGUUUUUAAGUAUUUGUAUUGGUACAGCCUUAAACUUAGAGAGAAGAGAUGAUCUUUUCAGAAGUAAUCAACUGAUACAGUCAUUGAUGUCUGUGUAAAUGCAUGCUUUAUUCAGUGUUGUGUCUGUGUUUAGGUGUAGUGACCAGUUCUCAUUUAUUUAAUAAACUGUUUUCUGAAAG